CGCUUUUAAUAAACAGAAGCGUUAUUGUACUUCCGCCCGCCGUGUUACGUCCUUUCCGGUCUAACCUCCAACAUGGAUGCCAGCCGCGUGCAGCCGAUCAAGCUCGCCAGAGUUACCAGGGUGCUGGGAAGAACUGGCUCCCAGGGACAAUGUACACAGGUCCGUGUUGAGUUCAUGGAUGACAGCAACCGUUCCAUCAUCAGGAACGUGAAGGGCCCAGUCAGGGAAGGAGAUGUGCUGACACUUCUGGAGUCUGAGAGAGAAGCCAGGAGGCUGCGAUAGAGCCCAUUAAAACUAUGUGGUGCAGACCUGACGCUGUGGAGCAGAAACAUACCACCUGUCUCUUUCACAUACCAUGGCCUCCAUCUUGUUUGUUGUUUUUCAAAUAAAUAUGGUCACUGAGGGACAA